CAACUAACUACUAAGCGUUUAACAUCUCCGUCUUCUUCUCUGUUCGGCGAUACCUCUGAGCGCCACACCCAAAACGACGCCGUAUUUGAAUUUCUCCGGUAAACCCUAACCUUCCGAAAAACCUAUCAAUUCUGAAAACCUCAACUAGUAAUGGUGACCGGAACAAACGAAACUGCACCAAAAGAAACCACACGCGGCGAACACACACAAGAAGAAAGUGAAGACCAAAGUUUCGAACAGUUAGGGUUAGACGCACGUCUUGUUCGUGCUUUACAGAAGAAAGGAAUUGAGAAACCAACUCCAAUUCAACAUGUAGCGAUUCCAUUGAUUCUGGAAGGUAAAGACGUUGUUGCUAGAGCAAAAACAGGGUCUGGGAAAACACUUGCGUAUCUUCUUCCGUUGCUUCAGAAAUUGUUUACUAGUAAUGGUGAUAGGAAGAAGUUAGCUCCUAAUGUUUUUGUUCUUGUUCCGUCUCGUGAACUUUGUCAACAGAUAUACGUGGAAGUGAAGUCAUUACUUGAGUUAUGCAGAGUUCAGCUGAAAGUUGUGCAGUUGAAUAGCAAUAUGCUUGCUACUGACUUGCAAGCGGCUCUGGUUGGACCUCCUGAUAUUUUGAUCUCCACUCCUGCUUGCGUAGCUAAGUGUUUGUCCAACUCAAUACUUGAUACGGCAUCCAUUAAUGGUUCCCUUGAAACUCUAGUUCUUGAUGAGGCAGAUCUUCUGUUAUCAUAUGGGUAUGAAAAUGACAUUAAAGCUUUAACACCUCACAUACCCAGAAGUUGCCAGUGUCUUCUUAUGUCAGCAACAUCAAGUGCCGAUGUUGACAAACUAAAAAAGUUGAUUUUACACAAUCCCUUUAUUUUGACUUUGCCUGAAGUGGGAAACCAUAAGGAUGAGGUCAUCCCUAAAAAUGUUCAGCAGUUCUGGAUUUCUUGUCCUGCCAAUGAUAAGUUGCUCUACAUCCUUGCUAUGUUGAAGUUGGAGUUAGUCCAAAAAAAAGUUCUGAUAUUCACCAAUAACAUAGAUACGAGUUUCAGAUUGAAACUAUUCUUAGAAAAGUUUGGGAUCAAGUCGGCUGUUUUAAAUGCUGAAUUGCCUCAGAACUCCCGUCUCCAUAUUCUUGAGGAAUUCAAUGCCGGCCUAUUUGAUUAUCUAAUUGCAACAGAUAUCAGCCAGUCAACGGAUAAGGUUGAAGCACCUAAGGAAAAUAUUGUUGGAUCGCAAAAGAGAAAGUACAAGAAGCUAAAAUUAGAUUCUGAAUUCGGAGUAGUAAGGGGAAUUGACUUUAAAAAUGUAUACACGGUUAUAAACUUUGAAAUGCCUCGCAGUGUGGCCGGAUACGUACACCGAAUUGGACGUACUGGAAGAGCAUAUAAUUCCGGUGCUUCUAUCUCCUUGGUUUCUUCAGAUGAGAUGGAUACCUUCGAAGAAGUACAAUCUUUUGUUGGGGACAAUGAAAACAAUGGCUCAAAUACAAUUACCGAGUUUCCCUUACUCACCAAGAAUGCGGUUGAAUCUUUACGGUAUAGGGCUGAGGAUGUUGCAAAGAGUGUAACUAAAAUUGCUGUCAGAGAAUCACGAGCCCAGGAUUUGAGGAAUGAAAUUUUGAACUCUGAAAAGCUGAAGGCCCACUUUGAAACUAAUCCAAAAGACCUAGAUCUAUUGAAACAUGACAAAGUUUUGAGCAAGAAUGCCCCUCCUCCACACCUUCGGGAUGUCCCAGAUUACCUAAUAGACAAAACAACAAAAGAGGCAAGAGACAUGGUUAAGCUUACAAGAGAUGCAAUGGGUAAUAAUAAUCGCCGACGGGGAUCAAAGAGAAAAUCAAGAAAAGGUGGUGGUGACCCUCUGAUGGCCAUCUCUACUGGGGUAUCAAAAAGACCACACAAAGGUUUUAAAAAGGACGGUAGAAGCAAUGGUUUUAAAAGGGACGGUGGAAGCAAUGGCAGAAGCUGUGAUAGACAAAAACACAAAAAGACAAAGGCAUUUUGAUAGGUUUGCCUUUUUCGACAGAGCUUAUAACAGGCUCCACAGUUUUGUUGUAAUGUUAUUUUCAAGCAUUGUACAUCAAAAUAGUGUGAAGUCCAUUCAUAUGGCCAGAUGACCUAAGUAUUUAUUGAUUAUCAAGAUUAUUUUGAACUUGUUGUGUUAAAGUUCUGCUCCCCAAGAUACUUAUCCUAUCUAAUUCAAGUUAGUAGAGUUUGUUUGA